AUGUUCCAUUCAUCAAAACCAUACUCGGCUGUGACCGUUCAAAUUGAAGUGCUCACCAGUGAGCAGUACGAGAUUGAAGAUUCAAGUGGAAUUGUCGAUCUCAUCGAAGCGAUUCGCAUCCAGAGCAGCGGUCCGACUGAAGCAAGUCGUGCGUUGCGUAAGAAACUGAAAUAUGGCAACCUGCAUCGCCAACUCAGAGCUCUUACAAUUCUUGACUUUUUGAUACAGAAUGCUGGAGAUCGAUUCCUGCGAGAGUUCGCAGAUGAACCACUCUUGGAGCGUCUACGAAUCGCAGCCACCGAUCCAGUAUCCGAUCCCUUGGUCAAACAGAAAUGCAAGCAACUUUUCGGGCAAUGGGCAGUAUCCUACAAGGACACACCGGGGAUGGCAGGGGUGACAGCGCUUUACCGGCAGCUUCCAAAGCGCAAACAGCCCGCCACUCAGGCCAAGGCGAAAGUUCUCCGGGAUACUGGAAACGGCCCAAGCACUAUCUUGAGCAGUCCCAAGCACAAACAUUCAUCGAGCAAAUCUUCUUUCAAGAGAGACAAGAAAGAAAAAGAGAAGAAAACACACAAUAGGUCGUUCAGCUUGGAUAGAGAGAAGCCGGAGAUGCUACAGACUCUCGCCUCCUCCUCGGUCGCCAGUACCAACCUUCUGAACGCUCUGAAGCGGGUGAAUCGAGAAACGCAGCGGGUGAGCGAAGAUACCGAAUGUCUCAACCGGUUUGAGACCUGCAAGCUCCUCAGACGGCAGAUUCUCCGGUACAUUCAACAUGUCGAGAGUGAAGAAUAUCUGGGAAGUCUUAUCCACGCCAAUGAGGAGCUGGUUACUGCUCUUAUGGCCUUCGAAGUCCUGGAUAAGAGUAUAGAUUAUGACAGCGACAGUGACCAGGAUGUGCUUGAAAGUGGCUGGACUCCUGACCGAGACGAUCUCGACGAAUCUUUUGCCGGACUGGUCGUCAACCCUCCCAAACCGCCUCGGCCUCCUCGACCUUUAAGCAUAUCCGUACCAUCAUCCUCCCAGCAAAGGUACAUCAGUGCCAGUGAGUCUGAGACGGAUGAGGAUGACGACGACGAGAACAACCCAUUUGGCGACAGAAACGCUAUCCGCACACCUGGCCUUGAGAGGACUGAGCCUACAUGGAGAGAAGUUUGA